AAAACAAAUAAACAGUUUGGUUGUGUAACUUGUUGCCACAAAAGUUUUCAAAACUGGAAGGAUAAAUAGAUGCAAAGAAUUGUGGUAUAAAUUCAUGUAAGAAAGGUCAAUAAAAGCUAUUAAAAACAGUACUGUGCACAUGGCUUUCAGCUCAGGAAAUCUGUAGGACCCAGGUCAUUGGAACUGGUAGCAUAUAGGUUAAAAUAAUCCAUGGAAGUAGCAUAGUUAACUUCUUUCUUAUUUUUCCUAAGCAUCUGCUACUCUAAUCCUGUUAGGCACAAGAGAGUGGGCUGGGCAGACCUCUGAUCUGGUGUAUUUGAUCAGUACUGUGAUUGAUACUGCUCUUUUUCUUCCAAAAAUGAAGUCUUACUGGAAAAUUGAUAAACUGGACUCACAUGAAAGUAUCUAAAAUACAAGUACAGUAGAUACAUUGGCAGAGUAGACACUGUCUUUUACCUGUUUGUUAAAAAAGAACAUUGAUGAAAUCACAUCCUAGCAGAUGGUGUUAAUUGUGUAUUCCCUACUUUAACUGUUGUAAAAGGUUUUGCAAGAGCACCGAGAACUUGGAUUCUGGUACUGUCCUACUAAAUAAUAGCUCGCUUAGUUGUGAGCAAGCCCUCCCUAUGGAGUAAUAACUCCCUAGUUCACCUAUGGGCAUAACACACCACAUAGAGCCAUGUGAACCAGAAAAUGUGUUUUUGGAAUACUUGUUCCUUGUGAUGAGUAGUGGGACUAUGUAAGGCAGCACCCAGAAAGACAUUCCUGGGCAUUUUGUUGUGCUAACAGCUAUUGAAGUGCUGGGACUCACUUGCACCCUGCUUUUAGAGCUGGUGAUGUUGAGCUGCUUUGGCAAAGCUGUUUUUCUUUUUAUUUAAUGCAUCAGAAAGCCAAGAAAACAAGUAGAUGUAAGAAUGCAUUUGGAUUCCAGUGAACCUGCCUGGUACAUCACUCUAGAAACAAAAUUCCUGCUUACACACAGAAUUUACAGAAAAGAAAUUUGUUAAAACUGGUAUGAAGCUGCCAUGGUAAAAUCCAGAAGGAAAAUGCUUUGAAUGUGAUUGUCAGAGAUUCAUGUUUCCUGUUUUUCAAAAUGGGACAUGAGUUGAACGUGUUGUAUGUUUCCUACAACUAGCAAUUUUCUUUCUUUGAAAUGUGUUAGAGGGAGGAGUCCAGAAGUGCUGUGGGAGGGACUAAAAUUCAUAUUAAAGUUUUAGCAUGAGAGGGAGAAUUGUCAGAGUAGAAGGUUUCUUCUGAGGUUUUGCUUUCUUAUUUUUUUUUUCCAAUUUAGGAUGAUAAAUAUUCAUGUUCAGAUUCUUCUAACAAUUCUUUUUUGGAAUUCUGAUUGUCAGAUUAUUCCCAGGAUUGAAGAAUGUGGACUUUCAUGUUCUCAGGGGAUUCAUUGUAAAAGCAAGCCUUCCAGUGGUAUUUUUAACAGCUUCUGCCAUGAUGCUCCUGCAUCCUUAUCUUCCAUGGUACUGAAAAGCAUGAAGAUCUCAACAGUGAUGAAAUGUGCCCAAGGAAGCCCAUGCUCUCUUCAUUUAAACAUUAAAGGAAUACUGAGUCUGGAUGAGAAUAUCCGUGGGCUGGAAAUCUGUUCUCUUUCACUGGACACACAGCAAUCUCAGUGCAUAAAUGUGAGGUUUGCUAGGAAAAAAAGCAAGAUGCUUAAUGGAAAAAAGGUACAGAUACAAUUCAAUUGCAUUGAAGUCAAUGUAGCACAACACAUCUAUGUGACCAUGAAAACAGUACCAAAUUACUGUGAAGUCAAGCUGAGUCAGGAAUACUAUGUUGAAGAUUGCAGAAACAGUGAUGUGGGAAAAUAUAUUCCAGCUUGUUCAGCUGGAAAGUUUGAUUAUAAUGUGGACAGAGCAAGGAAAAUUAUUUCAGUGAAUGUAUCCAACUUUCUUCGAGAUCAAGAUUAUUACAUUCGCCUGUGCCACAAAUGGUUUACAUGUGAAGAUGUAGGAUCAUUUGCUAUGAUAAAAGGGAAGGAAUCACUAAAAUCAGUUUCUCUGAAAUAUUCUCAGCUACUGCCUUGUCUUUGCAUUGAGGGCUGGCUGGCAAUUCCAGAUGCAAGGAGGAUACAACUUUGCCCUUUUGAAAAUGAUACGAAGGCACUAUGGGAUAAUAUUGUUUAUAACCCAGUGACACAAACCCUAGCUUGGGAGCCAGCCUGUCCUGUGCUUGUCAUUGUUAACCUAUGCAGGUUAAUGAAGUCUAAUGACUACUGUGAAGACAUACAAAACUCUUCCAGAAGUUCUCCUGAGAAACAGGUUAAAUAUUCUCGUGUGGACACUCACCCAAGGCUUUGCAUGAAGUUUACAACCAAACAAGGCUCUUGGGUUAAAUGUCCAUUUGCUCAUGGAGAAUUUCCAGCUUGGAAAAUGAGAACUGCUGCAGUUGCAGAACAAAUACAAGUUUUCUUCACAUCCCAAACCAAGGCACAAUUCUCAGUACUUGUGUGUAACAGGACGCAGCUGGCCUCAUGUGAAUCUCUUGGGAUGCACCAUUCAGUCUCUGUGGGAGAUUCUGUAUCAAUUGCUAUGUCACAGGAAAUGUGUGGGUCAGCGUUUUGCAUUCAGGGCUGGAGGACAGAUGUAGAUUAUUCAGUUCCACUGCAGAUCUGUGAUAUCCACUGCGGUUUCCGUGGUCAGACAUAUAGUGAUGGAAACCCAGCAAAGGCUAUGGCACACAGAAUGAAGAGUGUGCAUUCCUUGCAUUGAAUUUAACAACACAUUUUGAAGGUCCUUAGUAUAUUCUCGACAUCAGGUUGUAUUUUGGUGUAACUUGCAAAUCUUGUCUAAAUGGUCAUCUCUCAUGUUGGUAGUUUCUACUAAUUACUGUGAGAUUAUUGUUGUGAGGGAAGCAUAUAGCAAGUUAGACUUAUUCUAACAUGUCCAAAAGAACACGAAUUAUCAUUCCUUAUUUCCUAAUAUUUAAAACCAAAAAAUGUCUUAGAUCACUUAAUCAGGUUCACAUUUUCUUCUAAAUUAAUAUUAUACAUACAAUAUUCUAUAAAUGAGUAUUGUCAUAGUACCCUGUGUACCUAUAGAACAAGUAUUUCAGAUUUUCUUAUUUGUAACUUUUGUUUUUAAACCAUAAGAAAAAGUGUCUGAGAAAUUAAGAACGGAGGAAGUCUUCUCAGCUUCUUUACAUUAUCAUUCUUUGCAGUUUCCUUUGUUUUCUGAUGCCAUUCUGAUGAAUUCACCAUGACAGACCAUAUUCCUUAAAUAUAUCUAACAACUGCUUUCUGUGUUUGCAUUUGUAUUUGACUUGGAGAUAACUUUCUUAUUUGUCUGAGGAGGUACAUGUCUUUGGUUUGAUAGCUAUUUAAAACUGUCAUGUGGAAAUCCAGCCUAGAAGGAAACAGUUUAGUUGAAAUAAUUGAAGUAUUUUUUUUCCAUUAUAUCAGUAUUUAUACUCAAUUAUUCAAAAUAAUAUUACACGCUGUACUGAUUAUCACGUUUGGCCUUUAUUUCCCUAAAUACUCCCUUCAAACAUCCUUACUUCCUGUUGUGCAACAAAGAAAGGAAGAAAGUCAACUAAAAGAUGAUUAUUAACAAAUCCUGAAACCAUGUGGAAUUGCUCAUAUGGGAUCAAGAAUAUGGGUGGGGAGUGAGGGUCUGGAACAAGAAGCUGAUCAAUAAAGAAAUACUUUCCA